AUGUCGUCACUAGAGCUGGAGAAGGAUUUGCCAUUGGGGUUCCUCUUCAACAACUCGGUCGUUGCAGCGCUGGCGGAUACAUACACAUCCUUCUCAGAGCGGAGGGCAGCUUUGGGACUGUCAAACCCAGGGACAGUCGAGAACAUUGCGCGGGAGGUCCAGCGUGAUGUAUUUCUGAACAACUACACCUUCCAGGGCCUGCGGGCGGACCUCACCAAGGCAUUCAGCAUCUCCCCGUUAUUCCAAGUUUCUCAUGCAUUUGCCAUGGGUUCACAAGGGCUUCCGCCUUAUACCUUUGCUGCACUGUUUGGCACAAACAAGAUCUUCAUGCAAGGAAACAUCGACAACGAAGGACAGCUCUCCACCAGAUUCAACUACAGAUGGUCUCCAUCUCUUGUCACGAAGACCCAGAUUCAGAUCGCACCUGGUCCUAACCAAGCAAUGGUACAAUUUGACAACGAAUACACUGGAAAUGAUUUCACAGCCUCAUUGAAGACUCUCAACCCUUCUUUGAUCGAUGGUGGUCUUACUGGUAUCUUCAUUGGCAGCUACCUACAAUCCGUUACUCCAGGUUUGGCACUGGGUCUGGAAGCUAUCUGGCAACGCGCGGCCUUGAACCAAGGUCCGGAGACGGCUAUUUCGUACUGUGCAAAAUAUAAGGGGAGUGACUGGAUUGCUAGUGCUCAAUUGGCUGCAGGAGGAGCAAUCAGCACGUCAUACUGGCGGAGAUUGACAGAUAAGGUGGAAGCUGGAGUUGACCUGAACUUGCAAUUUGCUGGCCUAUCAGGAUCUGGCGGGUUGAUGGGAGGGCCUGUGAGGAAGGAGGGUGUUACGACUGUUGGUGCCAAGUACGAUUUCCGAAUGUCUACUUUUAGAGCACAGGUGGAUUCGACGGGUAAAUUAAGCUGCUUGCUUGAGAAGAGAGUGGCUCCUCCAGUUCAGUUGACUUUUGCUGCUGAUAUGGACCACUUCAAGCAACAAGCAAAGAUCGGACUCGCUGUCUCCAUUGAAGCAGGCAGUGAAGAGCUCCAAGAACAACAAGAGUUGGCAGGCGGCGCAGCUCCUGCGCAGAUCCCCUUCUAA